AUGGCCGGUCGGAUAAAGAGCCGGAGGACUCUGAGUCUCCUGAUCCUCCUCAGCCUCCUCAGCCUCACUGAACUAUUUGAGGUGAAAGAUGAUGAGUGGGAGGAGCUCGGCCCCGACAUCGCUGCCCUGCACCGCCUCAGAGGACUGUCUGAACACAUGUUUCACGAAAGGCUCCAGAACGCUUCAGACCAAAGGGUGGACGUUGACCAAAGUUUGCAGCAGUGUGAGGAGGGGUUUACAUCCUGUGACACUCAGAUAAAACAGCACGUUGAUGACCAGAAGAUACAAGUCCAGCAGGAGUACAGCAUGGAUCCUCAUUACUCAGUAAUAGUCAGCAAAGAAUGCCUGUUCAAUGUCUCAUGUGUCCCAGAAGCAGACAGCGACACUGUAGUGAAGAUAUUUGGAAGAGUUUCAGAAGAUGGACAAACUGUGUCUGGCCUUAAAGCAGUCUUAGAAACAAAGCAGGGGAAUCACCAGAUCUACCAGGUCAUGAAUCAACCUGACUCAGUUUCUCGCUACCAAAUCCCACAAAGAGCGGUUGAUCAUAGCACACAGUAUGACCACCAGCAGAUCCUCAUUAUGCAGGAUGACCCUACUGUCAGAAAAGCUGCUACUUCUCUUUAUGAGAAACAUCCAGCAGUUACCUCUGUCUACGUUCUUGAUCAAAACCAGAGACCCAAACUGAUCCAGGUCCUAGGGGGGCGGGACUUGGCCUUAACCUGUCAGGCAACACCUGAACAUAUAAGAGGUCUGGAUGAAGCCCUGCUCAGUCUGUCCCUUCGCUUGCUGCAGAGAGUCGGUCUGCACGUUAUAUUGCCCAUCUUUCCCAGUUGGCUGAGCACCGGACGCAACAUUUGGAAUGAUGGCCGGGCGGAUAAAGAGCCGGAGGACUCUGAGUCUCAUUAUCCUCCUCUGCCUCUUCAGCCUCACUGA